UUUGGAACUCGUGCCCGUACAGAUCUCAGCAAUAUGAAAUUCUUGGUUUUGGCUUUAUGCGUAUGUGCCGUCAGCGCACAAGAAUUUCGUGGCUACAAGCCCCUGGGAGUUUUAGCUCAGCCUGCCAAGCCAGUGCCCGUCGUGAAGCCAGUGCCCGUCGUGAAGUCAGUAGUCAGCGGCAGUGAAGCUGAUGCCGUCAUUCUCCGUUCUGAUACUGAAGUGAAUCCUGACGGAUUCAGCUUUGGGUAUGAAACUGACAAUGGAAUCAGCGCUCAAUCAUCUGGAUCCUUGAAGAAGGUUGAUAAUAUCGACGUUCUCGCCAUCCAAGGUCAAUAUGAAUACUCUGCGCCUGACGGAACCCCUGUCAAAUUCACGUAUAUUGCUGACGAGAACGGAUACCAGCCACAGAGUGAAUUACUUCCAGUUGCUCCUCCAAUGCCUGAAGCCAUCCGUCGCGCUAUUGACUACAUUCUCGCUCACCCACCUAAGACCGAAACCGUGAAAAAGUUAUAGAUCCAGAAGAUUCAGAACACAACGACCCCCGCCAAAGAAAAGUGGACUUUAUUUCGAGCAACGUACGAUAUCAAUAUCAGUAACAUCGAUAGUCAAAUGAACUUAUAAUGUAAAUAAAAUUUGAAAAUGUGCCAUA